CGACACUUAACAUUUAAAACAUUUCUAAUAAAAUGCCACGACAGAAACACCAAGGCUGCCAGUCAUGAGUUCCGGUAACCAUGGCGUCCGCCACCCUCAAUACCCUCGCGUCGCUGCUUCAAUCAGCCGUCUCAUCCCGUUCCUCCGUCGUGGGUCGAGCAACACACGCCAUGAUCAUCAAAACCAUCGACUCCCCUUUUCCUACUUUCAUCUGCAACCACCUCGUAAACAUGUAUUCCAAGCUCGACCUCCUCGAUUCAGCCCAACUCCUGCUCUCCCUCAUACCUGCACAAGAUCGCUCCGUCGUCACCUGGACCGCUCUCAUUUCCGGUUCUGUACAAAACGGCCAUUUCUCCGCCGCCAUCCUCCACUUCCGUAACAUGCACCACGACUCCAUCGCACCGAACGACUUCACCUACCCAUGCGCCUUCAAAGCUUGUAACUCUCUGAGGUCUCCAGUAACCGGUAGACAGCUCCAUGGACUCGCUAUUAAAUCAGGUCAAAUACAUGACGUCUUUGUUGGGUGCAGUGCCUUUGAUAUGUACUCCAAAAUCGGUCUCAAGGAUGAUGCCAAUAAGAUGUUCGACGAAAUGCCUGUGAAGAAUCUUGCAACAUGGAAUGCGUAUAUAUCCAACGCUGUACUUGAUGGAAACCCUCGUAAAGCAAUCGACGCUUUCAUCAAAUCAAGGAGGCUAUCUGGAGAGCCUACUUCAAUAACCUUUUGCGUUGUCUUUAAUGCUUGUUCCGAUGCCCUGUUUCUGCAAAUCGGUAAACAAAUUCAUGCGUUUGUAAUACGAUAUGGGUAUGAACAUCACGUCUCUGUUGCAAACAGCUUGAUCGAUUUCUAUGGUAAGUGUAAAGACAUAACUUCAGCUCACUUAGUUUUCAACAACAUUAGCAGUCAUAACGACGUUUCCUGGUGUUCCAUGGUGUCUGCUUAUGAACAAAACAACGAAGGAGAUAAAGCUUGCAUCCUCUUUCUACAAGCAAUGAGAAACAACAUCGAGCCAAAAGACUUCAUCAUUUCAAGCGUUAUCAGUGCAUGUGCUGGGAUUUCAUCCCUGGAAACAGGGAGAUUGAUUCACUCACUCGCAAUCAAAUCAUGUAUUGAUGGAAACAUUUUUGUUGGAAGUGCAUUAGUCGACAUGUAUGCUAAAUGUGGAAACAUAGAAGACUGUGAAAAGGUGUUCGAUGAAAUGCCUGAAAGAAACUUAAUCACAUGGAACGCGUUACUCAGUGGGUAUGCCCAUUUAGGACAAUCAAACAUGGCCAUUUCCUUGUUUGAACAAAUGAAAUUUGAAGUGAAACCAAAUUAUGUUACAUUUGUGUCUGUUUUAGCAGCAUGUAGUAGAGCUGGAGAAGUGAAACUAGGGAUGAAUGUUUUUGAUUCAAUGAAAUUAAGAUAUGGAAUUGAACCAGGUGUUGAGCAUUAUGCAUGUGUAGUUGAUAUGUUGGGAAGAGGUGGAAUGGUGGAGAGUGCUUAUGAGUUUAUAAAAAGAAUGCCUUGUAGGCCUACAGUGUCUGUUUGGGGUGCUCUUUUAGGGUCUUGUAAAGUCCAUGGAUAUAAUGAGAUAGGAAAAAUUGCUGCUGAUAAUUUGUUUCAAUUGGAUCCUCAGGAUUCUGGAAACCAUGUUAUUCUUUCAAACAUGUUUGCAGCUACUGGAAGGUGGGAGGAUGCGAAUCUCGUAAGAAUGGAGAUGAAAGACGUCGGAAUAAAAAAAUCCACAGGAUACAGUUGGAUUUCCGUGAAAAAUUCCAUCCACACAUUUCAAUCAAAAGACACAUCUCACGAACAAAACCCUGAAAUCCAAUCAAUGCUCACAAAACUCAAGAACCAAAUGAAAGCAGCCGGAUACAUACCCGACACAAAAUUAUCUCUUUUCGAUUUAGAAGAAGAAGAGAGUGAAUCGGAAGUUUGGCACCAUAGUGAGAAGAUAGCGAUUGCUUUUGGGUUGUGUGUUAUACCUCCCGGAGUUCCCAUUAGGGUUACGAAGAAUUUGAGGAUUUGUUUGGAUUGUCAUAGUGCGAUUAAGUUUAUUUCGGGGAUUGUUGGGAGAGAGAUUAUUGUGAGAGAUAAUAAUCGGUUUCAUCGGUUUAAGAAUUAUGAAUGUUCGUGUAGAGAUUAUUGGUAGUUAAAUGUGUGAGUUUUUAUGUUAGGAAGUGUUUGAUUUAUAGGUCUAUGAGUUUGGAAUUUAUAAAGUUUCAUAUUGGAUA